CGGAGGAGGGACGCGCCGGAGCGGGGCCGCCGGGACUGAGCGAGCGACAGACGCGCCACCCGCCGACGCCGCAGCCGCUUGGGGCCCGCACGGACCCUCUGCCUGAGUAUAGAAUGAGCCAGGGAGACUCAAACCCAGCAGCCAUUCCACAUGCAGCGGAAGAUAUUCAAGGAGAUGACAGGUGGAUGUCUCAGCACAACAGAUUUGUUCUGGACUGUAAAGACAAAGAGCCUGAUGUGCUGUUCGUGGGGGACUCCAUGGUGCAGUUAAUGCAGCAAUAUGAGAUAUGGCGAGAGCUUUUUUCCCCACUUCAUGCACUGAAUUUUGGAAUUGGGGGAGAUACAACGAGACAUGUUUUAUGGAGACUAAAGAAUGGAGAACUGGAGAAUAUUAAACCUAAGGUCAUUGUUGUCUGGGUAGGAACAAACAACCAUGAAAAUACGGCAGAAGAAAUAGCAGGUGGAAUCGAGGCCAUAGUACAGCUUAUCAACACAAGGCAGCCACAGGCCAAAAUCAUUGUAUUGGGUUUGUUACCUCGAGGUGAGAAGCCCAACCCUUUGAGGCAAAAGAAUGCCAAGGUGAACCAGCUCCUCAAGGUUUCCCUGCCGAAGCUUGCCAAUGUUCAGCUCCUGGAUACAGAUGGGGGCUUCGUGCACUCGGACGGUGCCAUCUCCUGCCACGACAUGUUUGAUUUCCUGCAUCUCACAGGAGGGGGCUACGCAAAGAUCUGCAAACCUCUCCAUGAACUGAUCAUGCAGUUGUUGGAGGAAACACCUGAGGAGAAACAAACCACCAUUGCCUGACCGGCUCCCAGCAGUAUUAAUAGCAUCCCAGCUUCCUCAGAUCAGUUAUAUCACUGGCACUACAGAAUCCUUCUCUUUCUUAAGGCACUUUGCAUUGUAGAAUGUUCAUGGAUGUUCAUAUCUAGUGUUUGAAGGGGAGGAGGGAUUUAAACUGGUCCUGUACAUAGGUUUGUUUGACACAGGAGAAAAAUUAGCCAAGGAAGAUUUGUGUUUAAAUUCAUUUGAAACCAGAAGGGGACUUUUUAGUUGUAUGUGUGACACAUUCAUUGAAUUAUCACUGUUUUUCCUAGGACAACAUCAAGCCUAAGUACUGAACAAAAUGAAGAUUCUUUUCUUGGCCUUUCUUUCUAUGGAUUAUGUCAUAUAUAAUAAUGAUCAGAAUUGUACCUACUUGGCUUUAAAAGAUUUUUUUUCCAGUUUUUAAGUUUCAUAAUUUAGCCUUUUGUUUUUAUUUUGCUUCACUCAUCUGUAUUCUCAGUGUUUUCUUAACAUAUAGCGUCAGAUUGGACAUGCUUGUCCUUCAGAUAUAGGAGAUGCUAUAGUUACAAGUGAAUUUGUUCCACUCUAAAUCUUUUCCAUGCUUAGCAGUGAAAAAUAGGUUUUGCCCCGUUUGGGGAACUGUAAGGAGGGUAUUAUUUUUAUGCUGCUGAUUAUCAUGUCUAUAAUAGACCCAUGCAUGCAGCCUUUCCUCCCUCUUCCCCCUCAUCCCUCUUCUUUUUUGGUCCUUGUUGACAUUACAAGCUUGGAACACAUUUUUGACCUAGGAGCUCUGUUGCUGGAAGUAUAAGUCCCCAGCCAGUUACUCUCAUGAUGAUAUAAUUGAUGUGUAACUCAUUCUUGUGUGGUGUUCUGUGCUAUAGAGUCGGUGUAGUGCUCUCUGUAUUCAGAGUUCUGGUUUGUUUUCUUUGUUUUUCCCUUAAAACCUGUUACAGUUUCCUUUUUUAGGAAAAAAAAAAUCAGAACUCUAUUUCCCAUUUCAUAGGCCCUGACAUUAUUUCAAGUUUUAUAGUGUCUUAAGGUGUAUAUUUUAUUUUUUUAUUGGCUUAGCUUUUCAAUUAUAUCAGUCCAGAAAAAUUUGGCCUUUUCUCAUGGGAAACAAGUGAAGCUGCUCUUUAGAAUAGACGGUCUGCUUGAUCCCACCAUUUUAGUAAAAAAGAACUAGGUUUAUGUAACUUUCAAGAUUUCCCCAUAAUGUAUCUUCAUCUGUAAUUUCUUUCAAGAGAGUUUUUUGUAAUCUUAAUGGUUUGCUUGAGCUACAAGAACUGCCAUUUUAAAAAAUAAUGGGACACUAGAUGGUUUAUUGUUCAGUAUACCUAAGGAAUAUGUACAAACUGGAUCUACAAACAAAGAUUUUAAACUGGACCAGGUGGGUAUUGAAGUCAUCUGCCAAAGUGUGCUCUGCAGUGAUUCUGCUUAACAUUCAAGUUCAGUAACCAAGGUACUUGUUUUAUGUUCUGCUUGCAAGGCAACUGGCAGUGCUUUUGUGUAUCAGAGCGGGGUUGCUGAUUUGUGCUAAGAGCCACUUCUGAUUGAGAGCGAUAGAACUUGGGCUGAUUUUUUUUCUUGUCAAGCCUCUUCCUAGGAACUUUUUGUUUGUGUUUUUGUCUUUAAAAAAAAUACAUUUCUGAAUGUAUCAUGUCUUCAUUAACAACAGAAAAUACACAAGGUGUUUACUAAACUUGUUUACUAUAUUAAAAUUUCCUUUUUAGUAGCCCAGGUUCUUGAGUUUUUCAAGACAGACUUUUUUCUUAGCUGAAGUGUAAUAGUUCUAGGGAGGAGAAUUAAUUAAGUCACAAUUUUGUGUGUGAAAAGACAGUAUCCUAUCCAGGUCUUUCUCUGUUUGUCAGAAGGUGGGAGUAGGGUCCAAAAAAACCCAUUAAGUUACUCCUGCAGCAUGCGCUUUUAGCUUCUCUCUUGACUAAGGAUCAAAUAUCCCUUGUGAGCUGGCCUUCAGCUCCUUUGCUUAUGUGUAUAAACCUCGGAUGUUACUACAUUUUAUAUCUACCAGAGCUAUUCAAGCAAUAGUAUUUGAACCACUAGCCUUUUAAAUAAAAGUCUGCCCCAUUGCUAAUGUGCA